ACACACACACAGAGGCAUCUCGUCCGAGGCUCGCGGAGGGAGGACGGAGGGACUCAGAGCGGCUCCGCACAUCGCAAGAGGAGGAGAGGGAGAAGGAUGCUCCAGUAUAAGCAGUAACAUCUCGCCCGCUCUCUCGUUCAGUCCCCGUUCUCUUCUUUGGCACUCAUUUUGUGGAUAAAAACAAACAAAAGAAAACAAAACAAAAAACAAAUAGGGGGAUUGCCACUAACUGGACUGGACCACCAGGCUGCGGAUGUUUUAUUUCUCGGCUGUGGAAGGAUUUUUUUUUGGUUCCUCGCGUGGGACGCGCAACCGAUUGACGGAGGCUGAUUGCCGAGUUUCAUUGGAUGUGACGCCAGUAACGAGCUAAAGGUUUGGAGGACUGGAGGAGAAGAAGAAGAAGAAGAAGAAGAAGAAGAAGAAGAAGAAGAUUGGCUCGUGUUGAAAUCACACUCUCAACAUUCCCUUCGCCAAACAGGAAGUCGUCACCUCAGUGGGGGGCUGAGCUCCACUGAGAGGAACCCGAGAGAGAGGAGGCCGGAUUUGACGAUGACGACGACGAAGAUGCUGAGGGUCUUCCUGGUGUUAGCGGCACUCUGCGCCCUCUGUAGCCUGGCGGCGGCCAGCCGCAGGAAACACGACUCGGUGGAUCAUCGCUCCCACAGGCGCAGACACGCAGGUCACACAUCGCUGCACAGACACCGGCCCCGGGUGGGCAAGGAGGGUCAGGUGCUGCACAGGUCCAAAAGAGGUUGGGUCUGGAAUCAGUUCUUUGUCAUUGAGGAGUACACCGGACCGGAUCCUGUUCUGGUGGGACGGCUCCACUCCGACGUGGACUCGGGCAACGGCAACAUCAAGUACAUCCUUUCGGGCGAGGGCGCCGGGACCAUCUUCGUCAUCGACGACAAGACGGGCAACAUCCACGCCACCAAGACGCUGGACCGCGAGGAGCAGGCUCAGUACACGCUGACGGCGCAGGCGGUGGACCGAGACACCAACCAACCUCUGGAGCCGCCCUCCGAGUUCAUCGUCAAGGUGCAGGACAUCAACGACAAUCCUCCCGAGUUCCUGCACGGGCCUUACUACGCCAGGGUGCCCGAGAUGUCCAACGUCGGUACGUCGGUGAUUCAGGUGACGGCCACCGACGCCGACGACCCCACGUACGGAAACAGCGCCCGGCUGGUGUACAGCAUCCUGCAGGGACAGCCCUACUUCUCGGUGGAGCCGCAGACGGGUAUCAUUCGCACGGCGCUGCCCAACAUGGACCGCGAGGCGCGGCAGGACUACGACGUGGUGAUCCAGGCCAAGGACAUGGGCGGCCACAUGGGCGGCCUGUCAGGGACCACCGAGGUCAAAAUCACACUGACUGACGUCAACGACAACCCACCCAAGUUCCCACAGAGCGUGUACACCAUGUCCGUGUCCGAGGACAAAGUGGAGGGCGAGGAGGUGGGCCGUCUCAAGGCCAACGACCCCGACAUGGGAGACAACGGGAUGGUUAACUACCGGCUGAUAGACGGAGACGGCAUCGGGACGUUCGAGCUCAGCACCGACUCUGAGACCAGGGAGGCCGUCGUCAAGCUGAAAAAGCGCGUGGAUUUUGAGACCGCUAAGUUGUACACGCUGAAGUUGGAGGCCGUCAACAUGCACGUGGACCCCCACUACCUGGCCUGGGGGCCGUACAAGGACGAGGCCACGAUAAAGAUUUCGGUGGAGGAUGCCGACGAGCCGCCCGUGUUUGUGGCGCCCUCGUACACCUUUGAGGUGGAGGAGAACGCCCCCGCCGGCACUCAGGUGGGACGCGUCCACGCCCAGGACACGGACGCCGCCGACAACCCGGUCAGGUAUAUGAUUCCGCGUUACACGGACGUGGAGCAGUUCUUCAGCGUCAACUCUGAGGACGGCAUGAUCACCACCGCCAGACCGCUGGAUCGGGAGGCUCAGGCCUGGCACAACAUCUCCGUGUCGGCCACCGAGAUAGGAGGCCACCACCAGGACACCAAAGUGCGCGUCAACGUCAGAGUGAAGGACAGGAACGACAACGCUCCCGAGUUUGCCAUCGACAACGAAGUCCUCAUGUGUGACAAUGUUGCACCGGGGAAGGUUAUCGAAACGGUCAGUGCGGUGGACAAAGACGAGAUGGCCCACCGUCAGCACUUCACCUUCAGCCUGGCACCAGAGGUGGCGCACAACCAGAACUUCUCCCUCAAAGACAACGCAGACAGCACGGCCAGCGUCUACGUGCUGCGGAAGGGUUUCAGCCGGCUGACGCAGGACGUCUACUUCCUGCCGGUGGAGAUCAACGACAACGGCGUCCCGCCCAUGAGCAGCACCGGCACGCUGACGGUGCGCGUGUGCUCCUGCGACAGCAAGGACACCAUCUUGUCGUGCAACGUGGAGCCCUACGUGCUGCCCGCCGGCCUCAGCACGGGCGCGCUCAUCGCCAUCCUCGCCUGCAUGGUCAUCCUGCUGGUCAUCGUGGUUUUGUUUGUGGCGCUGCGGCGUCAGAAGAAGGAGCCCCUGAUCGUCUUCGAGGAGGAGGACAUCCGAGAGAACAUCAUCACCUACGACGACGAGGGCGGCGGAGAGGAGGACACGGAAGCCUUCGACAUCGCCACGCUGCAGAAUCCAGACGGCGCCAACGGUUUCCACCCGAGGAAGGACAUGAAACCGGAGCUCCAGUUCCCGCUGCGUCCCGGCGCCCACCCGGCAGCCAACAGCGUGGACGUGGACGACUUCAUCAAGACGCGCGUGGCCGAGGCCGACGGCGACCCCACCGCGCCGCCCUACGACUCCAUCCAGAUCUACGGCUACGAGGGCCGCGGCUCCCUGGCCGGCUCGCUCAGCUCUCUGGAGUCGGUCACCACCGAGUCGGACCUGGAUUAUGACUAUCUGCGCAGCUGGGGUCCGCGCUUCAAGAAGCUGGCCGAUUUGUACGGCACCAAAGACUGCUCCGCUCACGACGGGGACGACGACGACGACUGUUAACGGCGGACCCCCCCCCCCCACCCCCCCAGAAAUAAAAACAAAUUCCGAUGAUUCCAUGAGGAUUUUUGCUCCAACGGCUUCCCAGCUUUCUCCCGUUUCCUCCCAAAUAACGAAUGCCGAGAGCUCCCGACUUUACUUCUUACGGAGCGGAGCGGAGUCGGACGGGAAAAAUGUAUCACGUCACCCGUGUGUGUUUGGAAUUUACUUAGCGCAAAAAAAAAUACAAAAAAAAAUACAAAAAAAUGUUUAGCUGAAAUUAGAAGUUGUGUACACUUAACGUGGACUGGAUUCCCGCCGUUUGUUGUUGCUUGUGCGAUCUCACUUAGGACUCUGGGUUGUUGAUACUGUCUUGGCAGUACGGUGGCCUUAAAAUAAAUCAACAGCAACUCCGGAGGCCAACACGCGAUACGAGACGAACGACGUGAGAGGCUUCGUUCGGUAGCUACCAAAACCGCGACUGAGGCUCGGCGGUGGGGGAAAAAAACAACAACAACAACAACAACAACAAAAUCAAGACGGACCGAAUUGGACAUAGAAAAGCGUGGAGGACAAUUUGUUUUUUUGAUCCCUGGAUCCUGUGUCCUAGCAAUCACUUCCGCCGAGGGUUGCAAACAUUUCUGGGGAAAUCCAGCUAGGACGUUUUGGAAAUAGUCCAAAUUGGAAGCUUUCCAAGGGAAUUCAUCCGAAAUUGAGGGUAAUUCAAGCACGAAUAUAUAUAUUUCAAAAAAUAAUAAUGGUUUUGUCAUAAGCAGAUAUCAUUGCAAACGAUAGUUUUCAAGAGUCAAACUUAAAUGUGUUCAAUUCCAGUGGUUUUUGCAUUUACUCCUGCAAAUUCCCAUGGAAAGUUUCCAACUUUGAACAUUUUUGCAAGCCCGACGUCCGCCAAUGAUGAUGAUCAAUCAUAAACGAGUAAAAACCUGUGAGAUCUUAAAUAUCGCCUUAACGGACACUCGCAGUGCAUUCUAGCUAUCCAUUGUUGUUGUUUUUUGUUUUUUGUUUAUUGUUUUGUUUUCGAGUCCAAAAAGCAAGCUAGCUAGCCUCCAUGUUUGCAGAGAAUGUGCAAAACGAGCGGCGCGUUCCCCUCGUUCAAAACAAAACAGGAUACGACGUCUUUUUUUCUUUGUUUGUUUUUUGUUUUGGUUUUUUCCGAAAGGCCAGGCGACAUCUGUUGCAUCAACACGUGUUGCAAACGUUUCCGAAAAACUUUCGCCCACUCCCGGGAAGGCAGGUCGUCGUCUCUUUUUUUUUUUUUUUGGGUGGUUCAACAUCAUUUUUAUUAUACUACUAUAAUUAUUAUCAGUUUCUUUUUUGAUCACUAUUAUCAUUAUUAUUAUUAUUAUUAUGACUGUUGUUGUUUCUUUGGCGACGCGUAUUUCGCUCUUUGCUGCCAAAGAGUUACGUAGUCAAAUGACAACCUCAUGUUUGGUUUGGUUGCUUCUUUUGUUUUUUUGUUUUUGUUUGUUUGUUUGUUUGUUUUUUGUUGCUUGUUUUUGUCAUUUUUGGGCGUUUCAUCGUGGUUUCUCCCACUCGAGAGAAAACGCCUGGUUUUUAUUCUUCUGUCGAGUUUUAUGGUACCGAUUUGUACAAUUUUAAAAGUUCUUAUUUUUUAGUAUACAUGCAGAAUAUUCCAGUUACGAAAAAAAAAAUGUUAAGAUUUAAAAAAAAUAAAAAUAAAAAAAUACAAAUGAUUCAGCAUCACACUUAUAUUUUCUGAACAUUGUACUGUUGCUUUACUAUGUGCUUCAAUCCACGAAGCGAAAAAAACAACAACUUUGAAAUAAAUGAUCUUUUCAUAAAAUGA